AUGUCAAUUGAUGAAAUGUUUGAUGAUUUGAGAGGAAUUAUUCUGGAGCUUAUUGAAUCUUUUGUACCAACAGAAACUCAUCGAAUUCAUAAUAUAAUUUAUUCCAAAGAAACCAAACAAUUACUAAAGAAGAAAUUAUUGAUUUGGAAGAAAGCAGGUAACUCGGACGAGUAUAAACAUGUUUCAGCACUAUUCAAAAGGUCACUCGUAAAAUCUGAAGAAGAAAGAAUCUAUAAACGUCUGAAUUCUGGAUCAAAAAAUUUUUUCGGAUUCAUGAAAUCGAAAUUUAAAGGAAACAGUGAUAUACCGGCAAUUCGAUAUAAAUCUAAUGAGAAUAUUAUCAUGAGUGAUGAAGGAAAAGCCGAAAUAUUUGGAGAUUGCUUCAGUGAAUUUUUCAACAUUGACAAAGAUAUCCUUCCUGCUACAGGGAAUCUAAUUUCUAAGUUCAGCUCAGAUGUCAUAUUCACGCCGGAGAAUAUCGAGUUAUUACUAUAUAAACUGAAAGGCCGAAAUAAUACUUCUCCGGAUAGUAUCCCGUCAAUAUUUUUGAAAAGAGCGUGUACUCCUCUUGCGAUUCCACUAUGCAUUAUAUUCACAGAAAGUUAUCGAGUUGGAAGAAUACCAAAAUCUUGGAAGGAGGCGAUUGUUAUGCCGCUCCAUAAGAAAGGCUCCCGCUCCGAUCCUUUAAAUUAUAGACCAAUCUCUUUAACAUCCAAUAUAUGCAAGAUUAUGGAGAAGUUGAUACGAAAACAUCUAGUCCAAUACUUAUCCGAAAAUAAUCUGUUAUCAGAAAAACAAUUCGGGUUCCUUAAUCAGAGAAGUACAAUUUCCCAACUGAUCGCCUACCAGAACAAGCUUGUUUUCAAUUCUUUAAAUGGGUUAGAUACCCAUAGCGUCUAUAUUGAUUUCCAGAGGGCCUUCGAUACAGUGCCGCUAAACAAAUUGAUUCAUAAGUUGGAAACCUUUGGGAUAUCUCCCAAACUAAGAAAUUGGCUCCAUUCAUUUGUCACGGACAGGAAAUUUUAA